GGGAGGGGGGAGAAUCUGGGAACGCGAGGGGUUGGGCUGAGCCGCACUUGGGGAACGGCGCGGACCUUCUGCUAGCACUCUGGUUGUCUCCCGUCUGCUCAGCCCAGUGGCCCCGCGCAUCUACUUCCAUGGAGCUCCGGUCUCAUCUCGGGGCCACCUGUUUGCUGGGCUUCAGUUUCCUGCUUCUCGUCACCUCUUCUGAUGGACAUAUUGGGCUUGGAAAGGGUUUUGGAGAUCACAUUCAUUGGAGGACACUAGAGGAUGGGAAGAAGGAAGCAGCUGCCAGUGGGUUGCCUCUGAUGGUGAUUAUCCACAAGUCCUGGUGUGGAGCUUGCAAAGCUUUGAAGCCCAAAUUUGCCGAGUCUACAGAAAUUUCAGAACUUUCCCAUAAUUUUGUUAUGGUGAAUCUUGAGGAUGAAGAGGAGCCCAAGGAUGAAGAUUUCAGCCCUGAUGGGGGUUAUAUUCCACGAAUCCUUUUCUUGGAUCCCAGUGGCAAGGUCCAUCCUGAAAUCAUCAAUGAGAAUGGAAACCCCAGCUACAAGUAUUUCUACAUCAGUGCCGAGCAAGUUGUUCAGGGGAUGAAGGAAGCUCAGGAGAGGCUGACGGGAGAUGCCUUCAGAGAGAAACAUCUUGAAGAUGAGUUAUAACAUGAAUAUAUCCUUUCUUUCAUCAGAGUUAGUGCUCUGGAAGGAAAGCAGCAGGGGAGGGAAUAUUGAGGAUUCGCUCAGAACAAUUAAACCAACCAGGAAACCUUGCUCCUGCCUACAUGGGGAGGAGCGCUCUCACUGUGGAAGACUUCUGCUGACAGGAGCUGGUCUCCACGCUUGUGGAUCCAGCAGAGUGUGGCAGACUUCCUUCUUCCGCCUCCUCCUAGGUGUCCGUCACUGAACGUGAAUGACAGCUUUUGACACAAAACUUGAGCCAUUUGGAGUUGUACUCCUCACAGUUCAGUAUUUGAAUUUUUUUCCGUUUCCUCCUGCUUUAUUCACCUUGGUGGUGAAAGGAGACCAGUAGCAUCUUUUCUACGGUAUUAAAAUUACAGAAAUAGUUCACCAUUUAAAAAAAAAAAACCUAAAGGUAAAACAGUAAUUCUACCCCCACUGAAGAGAUCAGCCUAUUUCUUCUCCUUUUCUCCUGGGAAUAAUUUUGGGCUUCUUCCUGAAUCCUGGUAACUUCCAUCCUCUUCUCCUGCUUGGGCUUCCCUGUUUGCACGCAUGUGUAUGCAGGAAUGGCUGUGUGUUUGGACUCAGCCCCAGCUGGAAGCAUGCUUUCCCCUGGUACUGUUACAGAAACAGAAACCUUCAAGCCCUAGGUGGAGCCAUUUUUGUCAAGUCGUCAACUGUAUUUUUGUACUGAGGUUAACAAAAAAAUUUAGAAAUACUAAUUGUUCCAUUAAACUUUAAUAAAACUUUGAAAGGAAA